UACAAAGUACAAGUGUGAUUUGCGGCCAAAAAACCCUUACAAAAAAUAUUAUAUACAGAGAUUUUACAGCAUUGUAUUACAAUGAUAGCUCUCAUUGCAGUACACAGCUGGUAAUACUGUUUAAAAACGGUAGCAUGAUAUGUUUUGUAAAGCUAUCUACGGUUUGUUUUCUACGUGAAUGACUUUUUUUUUUUUUAAUCGCACUCCCUAGUACAGCAUUGUAAUAUGCACAUGGGUGUACUCUGCGUCGGGAAGAGUGCUGAUCCCUUAUUCGUAAACAAUUUAUUUUCUUUUUAUCUUUUGAACGAUUAGCGACGCAAGUCAAAAAUAUCAGAAGGACAGAAUCAGCAGAGAUGUUUGUCAGCCAUGGGAUUCAGCCAGUUACGCUGGCUUUUACGAACACAAAAAACUGUUUUCUGAAUCUCACUUCAAGUCUUGCAACACAGCUUCGCCUUCAAGAGAACCAAGCAAUUGAGCUUUCCUGGGGUUUGCAUCAGUCUGUAUUCCUUAGCUGGACAAGAUGUCAACGCAGUGCUUUCCUGGAGGAAAAUGUUGUGGAGAUAAACAGACAACUUGGGGACAAACUUGGAAUCAAGGAUCAGGAGCAGGCAUUUCUUAGGCCCUGUUUCCAAGUCCUGUCCAUGCAGCAGGUAUUUGUUGAACCACUCUCUGCUGACGACUGGGAAAUAUUGGAACUUCAUAGUUCAACACUAGAACAACGCCUCCUCGACCAGAUUAGGAUUGUGUAUCCAAAUGGAGUCUUCCCAGUGUGGGUAGACCAGCACACAGUCAUUUAUAUUAAAAUAGGAUCUCUCACACCUGCCGCUCCCUAUGGCCGACUGGAGCAACUCACUGAACUUAUUGUCUCGCCUAAGCUACGCCAUACUGAGGACAGUCUCUUAGAUUUCUCCUCUCGAGCUGGGAGAAACCCCAAUGUAAGCAAAUUCCAAAACACGUAUGGAGAUAGAAAUAUAGAUAUACCAGCCACUAAAUCAGCACUUGGAACUAAGAUGACCGAAAAUCAAGAAGAAAACAUUCAGAACAUACCCGGAAAUCAGAAAGUCUGUACAUCUGGUAGAAUUACUAAUUUAAGGAGCUUGAUUAGAUACAUGUUUACAGGGAGCACAGACAGCAACAAAGAGAUUCCCUCUGUUCCGUCUGUUCCAUCUGUUCUCACAGACUCUGUAUUCAGAGUCUGCAGGAGUUCACCGUUCUCUACAGACCAUCAGAACACAGCGUAUGUAAACCAAGCAACCACUGUUCACAUUCUGCCAUGGAACCACCAGUCACAGGAUGGAGACUGUUGCCAGUCUGUAAUGACGUAUGGCAAGCUAACAAAACUGUUGUCACCAAAUGAGCUCAAAGAAAAGGCAAAACUGAACAUGCUGCAGCCGGACAAGAGGAAAAGCAGUGGGAACUCUGAAAAUGCAACUGGAAAACAAUCCUCAUCUGGUCGUAGUCAGGAAGAUAUUGAACCCACUGUUGUCAGGAUCAUAUGCCAUGGGGCUGAAGACCAGGAAUACACGAAGAAGUUCAGUUACGGGAAUGAAAAACUAUAUUGUGGAAAGGUUUGGAUUCCUGAAAGCUUGAGAAGAAGGUUGAACAUUGAAGUGUGUGCAGCUGUAAGGUUACGUCCAUUGAAAUCCACCCCUGUGAUAGCAUCCACUGUCCGGCUGCAGCCCUUACAAAUGCUGCCUCAUAAAGUAAAUGACCAGGAUGUCAGAUCUGCUUUCCUCCACGGGCUUCAAGCUCAGAGAAAUGACAAGAUGUCAUGGUUAACAGGAAGGGCGAGCUACGUGCAGUUACCUGUGAACGAAGUCCAGGUAGAAUUUUGCCUGACUGUGAUUACGCCUGAGGCUGUGAGCUGCAGAUCAGAUGAGAUGUUUCUGUUGUCUUCCAGUUUGAUACAAGAGACAGACAUACAGGUAAUGAUGCAGCCUCCAACUAAAGAAGCAGACACGAUAACAGUCAAAGAUGAAAUCGACCAGACUCUUUCUUUUUCAACACUUAGGUGUUUGGGAGGAGUAGAAGAAGUGGGUCGCACAGCUUUCGAGCAUAUUAUUCACAGCCUGAGGGGGCGCCCUCUCUCUCAAGAGCUGCUGUUUGUAGCUCCAGGUCUAAGAAAUGGAGCUCUUCUGUUAACUGGACCCAAGGGUAGUGGAAAGACAGCUCUUGCAAAUGCCUUGUGUAGAGAAGCAGCUGAUAAACUGGAUGCCUAUGUGGAAGUGAUUGAUUGCAAACAACUGCGAGGUAAGAGGUGUGAAACGGUUCGUAAGAAGCUGGAGGAGGCGUUUGCAGAGGCUGUGUGGAGACAGCCCUCCCUUCUCCUCCUGGAUGACCUGGAUCACAUUGCUGGAGCUGUUACCUCACCAGAGCAAGAGCAGGGCCCAGAGGCUGUUCUGGGAAAACAGCUUGCACAGACUCUGAAGGAUCUAGCCAGUGACACUGUUGUCCAUGGGAGUCUGAUUGCCCUGAUAGCCACGAGCCAGAGUGAGCGUUCUUUACACCCCUCUCUUGUGUCGGUGCAAGGGUCUCACUUCUUUCAGUGCUUUACUAGCAUCAAGCCUCCCAGUCAGGUCCAAAGGAAUGAAAUCCUGAGGGCUGUGAUUCAGAAUAAAAGCAGCAUUGCUGAAGAAACAUGGCAGGUGAUUGACACUCAGUCUCUCGCCAGAGAGACAGAAGGGUUUGUUGCGAGAGAUUUCACCUUGCUGGUAGAGAGAGCCAUACAUGCCAGUGUGGUCAACAACAGGAACACAUCAACACAAGAGUUGUUUUUGGCUACCUGUGACUUUCACCAAGCACUCAAAGGCUUUACACCGUCCUCACUGAGAAACGCUAACCUGCACACCCCGAAGGACCUGGGCUGGGAGCGUGUCGGGGGCUUGCAUGAAGUCAGACAGCUGCUCAUGGAUACCAUUCAGUUGCCAGCAAAGUACCCUGCAUUGUUUGCAAAUCUGCCCAUUCGCCAGCGGUCAGGAGUGCUCUUGUAUGGAGCCCCCGGCACAGGGAAGACCUUGUUAGCUGCUGCAGUCGCCAAAGAGAGCGGAAUGAAUUUCAUUAGCAUUAAGGGUCCUGAGCUUCUCAGCAAAUACAUUGGAGCAAGUGAGCAGGCAGUUCGAGAUGUCUUUAACAGAGCACAGGCAGCAAAGCCCUGCAUUCUGUUCUUUGAUGAGUUUGACUCCAUUGCCCCUCGCAGAGGCCAUGAUAGCACUGGAGUCACUGACCGAGUGGUCAACCAAAUACUAACUCAGCUGGAUGGAGUGGAAGGAUUGCAAGGUGUGUAUGUAUUGGCAGCCACCAGUCGCCCUGACUUGAUAGAUCCAGCUUUAUUGAGACCUGGCCGGCUGGAUAAGUCUUUAUACUGCCCUCCACCUGACCAGGGAGCUCGGAAAGAGAUCCUGGGUGCCCUCAGUCUGUCUGUGCCCUUGGCAGAGGAUGUGGAUUUUGACCUCAUUGCUGCUAAUACAGAGUUAUUCACUGGGGCUGACCUGAAGGCUGUACUCUACAAUGCUCAACUGGAGGCAGUCCACUCCAACCUGGCUACAUGCUUGCUUGACGUGGGCUCUGGUUCAGACAGUGAUGUUAGCCUGUCCUCCAUGAUCUUCCUGAACCACAGCAGCGGCUCUGACGACUCUAACGGAGAGGUAGAAGGUGAGCUGGAGCGCUCCUUGGUCUGUCUGGAAUCCUCGGAGCUGGUUCUUGAGGACCCUCGGCAGAACGCUUGGCGCCUGUACUUCGGCAGCUCCUACGAGUCUGAGCUGGGAAACCAGACCCCCUCGGAACUGUGUUUGUCUGGACCAAAUUCAAUGACUCAUGAGAUUACUGGUGCCUCAAUAAGGGAUGUGGUGUCCUGUCAGAUGCCAGUGCUCAUGUCAUCACUACAAGAGGGUUAUCAAGAACUUAAUCAGGAGCAGGCCGAGCAGCUGCGAGCUGAGAUCAACAACAUCAGGUCCAACUACAGAAACAGGCAUAUGGAGGAACAGCUCCACUUGCAGUCGGGACACAGUAAACCUGCUGUCUUAAUCUGCCAAUCUCAUCUGCUGACAGCAUUGUCAAACACCAGACCAUCAAUACCUCAUCAAGACUGGACAAAAUACACAGAUCUAUACAAUUCCUUUGGGAACUCCUGUGAAGGCAAGUCUCAGGGUGGGCCUAAUUUCAAAACCGGGCAAAGAGUUACUCUAGCCUAGCAAAUACAGUUGUUAAAAAUUACAAAAAAAGUUAUUGUACAGUUCAUCCCACUGGGUACAGGCAAGGCGUGAAAAGGUAGAAAAUACAAAGUACUAGUGGCUGCUUCUGCUUGUUCUGUUUUUUUAAAUAACUUGGAACAGGGUGACUGGGGGUUCUGCCACAGAGAUGACAAAUAAAUAGAACUUUCCCUUGAUCAUUAUCACCUAUGUAUUGCUGUGCCCAGUAACACUGAGUAUGUACACCGAAAAAAGAGCCUUCUCUGUGGAUGUCUCAUGUGACAAGAUCCUGCAUGGAUCUUCAAGUCAAAGACCCUGCUAACAUCCUGUACAGUGUAACGUAAUGAGCAGCAAGUUUAAAGCUUGUGCAGAGUCUGUACUGAUAGUUAUGAUGCUGCUGGGUCUCAAAACAUUGCAUCAAGCAAGAUCAAGUCUCUUCCAGUAGUCUUUUGGCAGCUGUGCCAUGCUUGGCUAUACUGUAGUUGCUGCUUGUGAUACAUACUUCAGAGUUUAUAUGUCUAUAAACAUGUUGAUUUCUGAUUGGUCGUCACUGUGAUUGGCUGUUGAAAUCCAAUGUACUUUACAUAGCGUUGAAAUAACACACAAUAAAAAAUAAUAAUAAA